UUUUCCUGCCCUUGACUAACUUCAAUCUAGGCUAAGAUUAUUUUAGCCACCAUUUUAGAUUCACGCUUGACUUUCUUGGAGCCACAUUUUUUGUAAGAAAAAUACAUACAAAGGACCAUACUCUUGACGGAAAGGCAACCCUAUUGACCAGGAAAAAGACAUGGUUGUUUCUUGACUUUUUGGGCAACAUAGACAAGACAAUCGAAAGUGUUUUGGUUAGAAUUGGAUGCAUUUCAGACAACCCCACUUCAAUCAAAUGAACACAUCAUAUAUUUGGAAAAGCUGAGGAGUUGUUGUAGUUUUCAGAUGUGGGUUCAGUACAGAAACUCCAAACUUCCCUCCUCUUUCUCUCUUAUAAAACAUAGCCUUGGGCACAUGCUUUUUUGGUGCUUUGGGGUUUGAAAACUUAUAGUUAUGGAGAUCUGUUGGGGUUUCUUGACUUUGGGUUUCUGGUUUUGAAUACAACCUCCAGAAACAUGACUUCAUUUUGGAAGAGUCUAAGCUUCUAGACUUGUUUCAGUCUUGAAUUUUUAUUUAUAACCCUUGUUCAGUUAUCAGAAUUAGCAGUCAGGGAAAAACUUGGAAUUUCGAGUUGAUGUAUCAAAUCAAAAGAUUGAAGAUAUUAGUAUUAGCUGUAAAGAGAGCCAGCCAUUGAACAGAAAGCUUUCUUUAACAGCUUUAAUUGGAGGUUCGAAAAUUGAUACAUCUAUCUAAAGUACUGUUAGAAAUGGAACGCACAACGAGAUUGCUUGUGCCAUUGUUGUUAAUGGUGACGAUUUUAGCCAUAAAUGUCAUAGAAACUACAGGGCAAUUUGAUUCACCUAGUGCUUCUCUACCAGAUACAAAUUCAAGCAAUGAGUCACCACAGCCCAGGAGACAAUCAGAUGAUACAGUGAGGGUGGAUCCAUUGGACAAUUUCAAGAAAUAUAGAGGAGGAUAUGACAUCACUAACAAGCAUUAUUGGAGUUCAGUUGCAUUUACAGGCGUCUAUGGGUAUGCAAUUGGACUCCUAUGGCUUUUGUGUGGAAUUCUGUAUGGAGGCUAUCUCCUGGCAACUGCUUACUGUUGUAAAAGAAAUGGAAAGCAUAAGACAAAAUCAAUCUGUCACAAUCAAUGUUACUUAUGGCCAAUUCUCCUAGCUAUAAUCUUCACAAUCCUGGCAAUAGCUGCAUCAGGUUUAGCUCUUGCGGGAACAGCAAGAUUCCAUUCUGAAGCAAAAACUGUGGUCGACAUCAUUAUCCACACAGCAAAUGAGGCAUCAGAAACUAUAUAUAACACUACAGGGGCAAUGAAAGAAAUGAGAGAUGACUUGGGAGAAACUAAUGGAACUGCUGAGGCAUCUAGUUUUCUUACCUCCACAUCUGAGCAACUGGAUGUUGCAGCUGCUGAUAUAGCGAGACAGGCUAGAAAAAACAGACGAUUGAUUGAUAGGGGUCUCAAGAUAGUGUUUAUAGUAACCACGGUGACCAUUUCCUUGAACCUGGUAGCAGUUAUAGCUUUGUCAGUGACUGGAGUACUGAAAAUAAGACGAGCACUUUACUGGCUAAUUGCAUUAUGUUGGAUCUUGACAAUCCUAUGCUGGUCGUUCUUUGGGAUUUAUUUCUUCUUGGAAAAGUUCUCAGGUGAUACAUGUACAGCUCUUGAAAACUUCCAAGAAAAUCCCUACAACAACAGUUUGAGCUCAAUCCUCCCUUGUGAUGAAUUGCUCUCUGCAAGACCAAUCCUGUUUGAUGUUACUGUCGGAAUCUACAACCUUGUUAAUGAGGUGAAUUCGAACAUAUCACAGCUGCAAGCAACAACAUAUCCAAAUCUUGCUUACGUUUGCAAUCCUUUCUCUGCGCCGCCAGAAUAUAUAUACCAGCCGGAUAACUGUCCUGCUAAUACGAUUAAGAUUGGCGACAUACCAAAGAUAUUGAUUCUGUUUACUUGUUCUGAUGCCAAUAAUGGAACCUGUCAAGAGGGACAAUUCAUAUCUGCUAGUGCUUACAAAACAGUGGAGGCUUACACAAUUUCAAUUCAAAACCUGCUAAAUGUUUAUCCUGACAUGGAAAGCCUAGUAGAAUGCCAGUCAAUGAAGGACGUGUUUUCUGAGAUCCUUCGCGACCACUGCAAACCAGUGAAGAGAUCCGUGCGCAUGGCAUGGGCUGCAAUGGUGUUUCUGUCAAUCACCAUGGUAGUUUUGGUUCUGAUAUGGACAGCACAAGCUCGUCAUGAUCAAGAACUUCAUUCUUUAGAUGGUUCUGUCAAACCUCAAUCUUCAACAACAAAUUCAUUGGAAUCCCAAGCAAAUAAUGAAGUGAUCAAAGAUCACUCAUCAAAUCCUAAUUCAGUCUAGAAAAUUGCAAAUUUCAUAAUUGUUACUCGGGAAGACAAUGCCACAAGCAGCUUCCAAGAACACCGGCUAUAGCAUCAACACAAUAGUUUGUACAGGUAGAGAUACAAAAAUUGCGAUAAGGAUAGCCAUAGACUAUGAAGGCAGACAAAGAAAUAGAAAGCCUAGUAGAAACAAGAUUAAAGUUUAUAUUUUUUACUAUCAUAGCAUUACAGAUUUUGCUUCUAUAAUAUCAUAUAGGGUCAAAUCUGGGGAUCAACCCCAUAACACAGAUGUAAUGUUGCUUGUUCAGCAAUAAAAAAGAAAAAUUCCUU